AGGACGGGCCGAAGGGAGAGUAGGAGAGGAGGAGAGUGGAAGAGAAAGAGCUGUAGAGUGAGGGAGGGACGAGCGAGAAAAGGGAUGCAGGGGACGGAGGCAGCAGAGGCAGCUGCUUCAGCGGAGGCGCGGGCGUGCAUUCGAGACGCGGAGAUCAAGGAGCGAGGGAAGGAGCAGGACGCGCGGACUGAGUGAUUGGGCGCACGUUUGCAGGGGCCGAGGGGAGGGACGAGAACAGAUGUAGAUGUGUGCGCAGAGGAGAAGGGAGGCAAUGAAUGGGCAGGAAGCAGCAGCAGCAGCAGCAGCAGGCGGUGCAGGAGCAGUGGGAGAAGAAGAAGAAGUCUUGGGAAGAGCGAGCCAAGUUCUGAGUAGUGGCAGUAGUAGAAGCAGCAGCAGCAGCAGCAGCAGGGAGGAUGUAGAAGCAGCAGCAGCAGCAGCGGGGAUUUUGAGUGCAUGAGAUGAGCUUCGGACAGCGUGAUAAAUUAUGACGACGUGCUGGAUUGCGUCGGGCGACGGGGAUUCAGGCGACUGGGAGUGGAGUUGGAGCGAGUGAGGGAGUGGGAGAGAGAGUGGAGUGGUGUUGAGUAAGUUGGAGUGGGCACCUUGUGCGGAGCCUCGUGAUUUUGCAGCACAGGUGUGGAGUUGGGAUGGGUGGGCGUAGUGAGCUGGGAGGAGGCGCAGGGUUGUCGGUCGGCAUGUUGUGCCCAUCGACGGGAGGUUGGGAUGACGAGCCGUGCUGAGCAAUGGCAGGGAAGAUGUUGUGCGGGCGCCCUUGGUGGAGAGCUCACAGUAAUCAACAUUGGAUGUGGUAGACCGGAUUUGUGUUGAGAGGAUGGCCAGUAGCAGCAGCAAUGUAGGGAUGAGCAACAGCAUUGAGUCCCGCUUCACGAACCUGCAGCUCAUUGGCAAGGGUUCGUUCGGGGAUGUCUUCAAAGGGUUUGAUAAGGAGCUGAACAAGGAGGUGGCUAUAAAAGUCAUAGACUUGGAAGAAGCAGAGGAUGAGGUCGAAGACAUUCAAAAGGAAAUAUCAGUGCUGUCACAAUGCCGUUCUCCUUAUGUUACCGAAUACUAUGGAUCAUACCUCCAUUCGACCAAGCUAUGGAUCGUCAUGGAGUACAUGGCAGGAGGCUCAGUUCUGGACUUGCUGGAAACAGGUCCUCCACUUGAUGAAAUGUCAAUAGCUUGCAUUUUAAGGGAUCUCUUGCACUCCUUGGAGUAUCUCCAUGGAGAGGGAAAAAUUCAUCGCGACAUCAAAGCCGCAAACAUUCUUCUCACCGCCAACGGAGAUGUGAAGGUUGCAGAUUUCGGAGUUUCAGCUCAGCUUACUCGCACUGUAUCAAAGCGCAAGACCUUUGUGGGGACUCCUUUCUGGAUGGCACCAGAAGUAAUACAGAAUUCAGAUGGUUACAAUGAAAAGGCAGAUAUCUGGUCGCUAGGUAUCACAGCUAUUGAAAUGGCCAAGGGCGAGCCACCCCAUGCCGAACUUCACCCUAUGAGAGUGCUGUUUAACAUACCGAAGAACCCUCCCCCUCAGCUGGACGAGCACUUUUCUCGACAAAUGAAGGAAUUCGUUUCACUAUGUUUGAAGAAAAACCCAGCUGAGAGGCCAAGUGCAAAAGAAUUGCUCAAGUACCGGUUUGUGAAGAAUGCAAGAAAAAGUCCAAGACUCCUUGAGAGGAUAAGGGAACGGCCGAAGACACAUAUUGGCAAAAGUAAGGACUUGCCACGCCCAGAUCAGCAGUAUGAGAAGGAAGCUGCUGAGAAGAAGAAGGUCAUCAAGAGUACAGGCGAAAAGGAUGCGCAGUACCGGCGCAAGGCUAUCAGAAAUGCAAGUUGGGAUUUUGGUACCACUACAAUACAAAGCACGGGAACUAUUCGAAGUGCUUUGAAGCCAACGUACAGUACAUCUCAUAAUGAAGGGAAUACAUCUACCGAGGCACUGCCUAGUCUUCUGGUGGAGACAGAAAAAGAAUGGAACAUUUACGAGGGUCUCUCAGAAUUGCGGGGCUCCUCACGGGAAAAUGGAGACCAAGGAGAGCUUCCUAGGAUGCAAGAAGAAGAUGAGGGAGAGGAUCCUAUUGAAGACGGAAGAAUGUCUGUGAGCAAUUCUGGUACUAUGGUUAUUCGGUCUCCCAAAGAGCGGACGUCUUUGAUGUCUCUAGCGUCUCAACUUUCUUCACUAGUCGGUUCCCCACAGGAGCGUGCAUCAUUAAUGUCCCUGGCGUCUCAACUAUCUUCUCUGAGCACCAGCGGAGAUGCAUCCAAGGAAGAAGCUAGUGAGAUGUUUUCCAGUGGGACCAUUGUUACUAGAAAUCUGCCAGAGGAUACAUCUUCCUCAACAGUCACUACGCCCAAGCUCAGACCUUCUUCUCAAGAGGGACCUUUUGCAGCCUCGCGGGAAGAUAGUGCCACGAACCUUGCAGAGGCAAAGGCCGCUUUGCAGGCUGCGUCGAGGAAGAAUAUGCGGGGAGUUCCAUCUUUCAAAGGUGCAGGAGUGCCUCUUGGGUCCAGUCAAAAUCUAAACCAAUCCGGAGAGGAGGCGGGAGUCGAGCGGAAGGUGACUAGAGCCCCUUCGAGAGCAGCAGCUCGGAGGUCUACAGAAGAAGAAGAUGCAGCACGGGCUGCUGCCGCCGGAGCAUCUCCAGCUUUAUCUCUGCUGCUGAUUCCUGCACUGAAAGAGACAGCUGCAGAGCAGUCUGAAGGCCCCGCUCUUCGUGCGGCCGCAGACGCUGCAGAUUCUUUGAUGGAUCUGGAGCGCUUGGCGCCAGGUGCAUGUGAAGUCCUACUAAGAAGACUCCUCCAGCGGCUAGGAAGCACCGAUGAGGCAGCUUUGAAAGGCCUCCAAGACCUGGCUCGUAAAGUCCUCAUCAUUCCGACUGAGGAGAAAGCUCAAUCUCAAGAAGAAGCAGCAGUGGGUGGUCAAUUCGGAUUUGGUAAGUCUGGAUUUGGACGAAAUCGUGCAAAUCCAGACGCGGCUGAAAAUUCAGGGCUAAGUCCUGUCGCCGCAUUUCUGCUUUCCAGGUGGCAGGUUCAAGUUGCUCGAGAUAUAACACCUCACCGAAAAUAGAGUUUGCAAAGUCUUGACUGGAUGAACUCAUUUCCCGGUUUCGUCACCACGAAGGGGAGGACCAGGAUGCUUGAAGGACAUUCCAUCCACAAAACGUGCCCUUGAUCUGCCAUGCUAGAUGUACAGUCACAAAUUGCUUCAUCAAGAAGACAACCAUCGAUACUUGUGACAUAAUGGCGGUUUUUAAACCAGUACAUGGUAACAAGCAAUGGUGAAUCUAAGAGUUGAAGUGUAAUCCCCUGGGAAGCACAGGCUCCAAAUAAGACCAAGCUGCAUUCUUCAUCGUUCAACAAAUUCUACGACAUCUAAUGGAUGUCAUCAAUUGCGGUCAGAAAUCUU